AUGUCCGGCCGUGGAGCAUGGAGACCCAUGAGUAUGUUUUUCAGAAGUCCUUGUAAAACUAAGAUUGACCCUAUUUCUCGCAGAUCCAAAGAACAUUACUGUUCGAGCUGCAGUAUGGAUUAUUGGAGCCAUCCCAUUUUUACAUUCUCGGCCAUGUCGAUUGCCGGAUCUGCGACAACAACUCCAGGAAUGCAGAAUGUCUUCAUCGGGCAAAUCGCCAAGGUAGGCACUGAUGGAUCCAAAAUCGGUGGAUUAAGAUUUGGUUACAUGGGUAUUUGUGCUUAUGUGGGGGUGGAAGGAAGCAACGGAGAUACGUUCAAGAACACAAACGGUUUCCAAUGCAUAGGCAAGCAGUAUAGUCAGUCACCCGACGAAAUUGCCGCAACACUUCAUGUCGAUUCAAAUAUCAUACAGUUAGGACAGAAGUUACAGAACGACAUAUCUAUUUUCAUGCCUAUGGUCGCACUAUCUCUAUUUCUCCUAGGAUUCCUUGUUGACACUGGUGCAUGGCUCCUUGCAGGUCUGGGAAAACCUGCUGGUAAAAUCGGCCAUGCAUAUACGCUUACUGUCUCCGUUAAUGCAAUCAAUACGGUACUUGGAGAUACAGCUGUAGGAUGUUCUGCAAACGUACAGAUUGAACAAGGGAAAACGCUCGAGGGACUUCAGUGGGCUGCAUUUGCCUUUGCUCUUCUCUUUUCAUUCGGUAUCUAUAUGGUCACCAGAGACACCAUGUAUGGAUUUAAUAUUGCUCCUCGUGCCAGAUCUCGUGGAAGAAGAAUGAACGAUGCGUACCCCGAUGAGUAUUCCGAAGAGGAGCGAUCCUUAAGUUACGAGAGAUAA